AUGUGCGCUAGCCAAACUGAGCCCUCCUUGAACUCAAUCUACGGGCCCAAAUACCGAGAUAUCAAAGCUCUCGUUUUCGACGUGUUUGGAACAUGCGUUGAUUGGCGAACCACCGUCGUGGCCGAAUUGCAGGCCGUCUUCGCCUCCAAGGCCGAAGCGCCGGAGCUUCCCGACCCACUCCGACAGCGUCUCCAGUCGCUCACGCGGCAAGACUGGGAGGAGUUUGCGCAGAAAUGGCGCAUGUCGUACGGAGAGUUCACCUCGGGCUUCGUCCUGGGGCGCACCCCGUGGAAGGACGUCGACGCCCAUCACUACGAUAGCCUGACCCGCCAAUUAAGCUUGGUAUGGCACCGCCUCGGCCCCUGGAAAGACUCGGUGGAAGGGCUCCGCCUGAUCAGCGAAAAAUACCCGACGGCCACGCUCUCCAACGGGAACCCGGAGCUGCUUCGCGACCUCAACGGCAUGCUGGAGGGCGGUUUCCGCUUCAUCAUCUCCGCGGCCGAUUUUCACGCCUACAAGCCCAACCCCAUCGUCUAUAACGGCGCGGCGUCGAAGCUGGGCUUGGCCACGGAGCAGGUCGCCAUGGUGGCGGCGCACGUCGGUGACUUGGAGGCUGCGCGGGGAUGUGGGAUGAAGACGAUUUAUGUGGAGAGGCCGAAGGAGGAAGAUAGUCCGGCGGAGGACGUGGAAAAGGCUCGGGACUGGGUCGAUUUAUGGAUACCCGUUGAGGGUAAUGGGUUUGUUGAUAUCGCGAAGCACCUCCGUGGCGGGGAAUAG